UAAUAAAACACAUUUAUUCAUUUAGGGGCUAACUGGCUUUAACACAAAUGUAUCUUCAUAAAAGUUAUAAUAAAAGGGUUGUAUUAUGGUACAAAAUGAUUCUCCUUCACUCCCAUGCAAAGUAUGUGUUCUACAGAGCCAUGAGCCCAUGAUAAGGGCCAUAAAAAGUUACUAUUAUAGUUUCAUAAACUCUUUUUCUAUCUUCUUGUUUCUAACUAAGGAGUUUUGGAGUCUAAAGUUGAUAGUCAUCUUCAGCAAAUGGAUUUUCCCCAAUUUUUUCCCAGUAUGCACCUCUUUAAUACUAACAGUAUUUUUUUAUAUUUUUUUCGCGUUCUUCCAGCACAAGUGAUGUAUAAGAACCAACUACAAGAGUACACACAAAAACUUGCAAAACCACACCCCAUUUAUCAAACAGUUAAUGAAGGUUUUCCACAUGCCCCAAAGUUCAGAUCAACAGUCUUGGUUGAUGGAUCCAAAUAUGAAUCCGGGUCGACCCAUCUCACGAAGAUACAAGCUGAGCAGGCAGUAGCAAAAAUAGCUUACGAAUGCAUUCAGAAAACAAUUGAUUCUAAAGAUUUUUCACUUAUUUACGGGGAACCCUUGUUGUGCAAAUCCAUUCUCUAUGAAUUUGCUGUCAAAAAGAAUAUGAAUAGGCCUACAUAUAACACCAGAUAUGCAGAAGGGCCAAGUUCAGUUUACAUUUCCCACAUGGUUUUGGGAGACAGAACUUACAAAGAUGAGGUAGCUGGAAGCAAGAAAAUGGCAGAGCAAUUGGCUGCUCGGGCCGCGAUUGAAUCACUCUUAGAAACUGAUGCAGGGACUCUUUCCCAAAUCAUUGUGUCAAAAAGUAACUGUCAUCCUGGUGUACAAACCAGAAAGGAUACUGGCCCUGUUGAGAAAAUGCUGCCUAAAUGCUCUGGUAAUUUACAAGGCCAAAAAGCAAGCAUUGAGAGAACAGUUGUUUGCUUCAAAACUGAUGGCACAGUUGGUAAUCCUGGAAGCAGACCAAAGCGUGAAGCAGAAACCAACAACUGUGGAAGGAACAAAAUGAGAAGAUUUGGCAACUGA